UGCUGUCCUUGGUGGAGGGGGUCCCACACCAUGUGCUGAGGUGUGGGACAGAGGGCACGUGGGGAUGGGAGUGGUGCCCCUCACUUGGUGCCCUUGUCUGGGGGUGCUGUGCCCUGCUUUGGUGCUGUGCUGGAGCUCAGCGUGUCUGCUGUGCCAUCCCCAGGGGUGAGCUCUGCCUCUUGGCCCCGCCAGGUGCUGACUGCUGUGCAGACCCAGGUGCUGAGCCUUUUCCCAAGGCUCCUCUUUCACUCUUUAGGUCUGGGGGCUCUGGUGGGUGCCCCAGCUUGGCCUGAGCUGGCUUAACCCAGCGGUCACUGCUUGGUGGUCGUGUUCUGUCCCUGGCUGAAAUAGCAGUGGCAGCUUCAGCCCCAGCGCAGGAGAAGGGGUGCUGGUUUAAACUUCAACCUGCUGUUUUCCCAAGGUACCAGCCUUCCCAUCCUGCUCAGGAAGGAGCAGCAAAGUCCCGUCCAGUGGGAAAUGAGGUGGGGCAGUGCCUCUGGCCCUUGCCGGGGGCCUAUGAGCUGUCAGUGUUUCAGAUAAACUGUUGGCUGGCUGUUUUUCCCAAGGUCUGUGUGUGUUAUUGACCCUUUCAUGCAGGCACGGGGGAGUGCUGGGGUUGGUGCUGAUAGCUGGAGCUCUGAAUCAGGAGAAUCUGCCUGAAUAUGUGGUCAGUGUGGUGUGCUGGCGAGGAGAAGCGCGUGGGCACACGCACCGUGCUGGUCGGGCACCGGCCCGUGCCGGACACCGAGGCGUGCCUGGCACAGAAGUUCUGCGACAACCGGAUCGUCUCCUCCAAGUACACCCUCUGGAACUUCCUCCCGAAAAACCUCUUCGAGCAGUUCCGAAGAAUCGCCAACUUCUACUUCCUCAUCAUCUUCCUCGUGCAGGUGAUAGUGGACACCCCCACCAGCCCGGUGACCAGUGGCCUCCCGCUCUUCUUUGUCAUCACUGUCACAGCUAUCAAACAGGGGUACGAGGACUGGUUGAGGCACAGAGCUGACAACGAAGUGAACAAAAGCAACGUCUUUGUUGUUGAAAAUGCAAAGCAAGUGCGGAAAGAGAGUGAAAAAAUCAAGGUUGGAGACAUAGUAGAAGUGAAAGCAGAUGAGACCUUCCCCUGUGACUUGAUAUUCCUGGCCUCCAGCAGCACUGAUGGGACCUGUUAUGUCACCACGGCGAGCCUGGAUGGCGAGUCCAACUUCAAGACUCACUACGCCGUGCGGGACACCACCGUGCUCUGCACUGACGAGGCCAUCGACGCCCUCACGGCCACCAUCGAGUGUGAGCAGCCCCAACCUGACCUCUACAAAUUUGUUGGAAGAAUUAUCAUCUAUGGAAGUAACCAAGAGCCUGUAGCCAGGUCUUUAGGUCCUGAAAACCUGUUGUUGAAAGGUGCUACCCUCAAAAAUACCAAGAAGAUUUAUGGAGUUGCAGUCUACACUGGGAUGGAAACAAAAAUGGCUCUGAACUACCAAGGGAAAUCUCAGAAACGCUCUGCAGUAGAGAAAUCCAUCAACGCUUUCUUGAUAGUGUAUUUGUGCAUCUUACUGGGCAAGGCCACAGUGUGCACGACUCUGAAAUACGUCUGGCAGAGUAAUCCAUUCAAUGAUGAGCCUUGGUACAAUGAAAAGACUAAAAAAGAGAGAGACACGUUCAAGGUCCUGCGGAUGUUCACGGAUUUCCUGUCCUUUAUGGUCCUCUUCAAUUUCAUUAUCCCCGUCUCCAUGUACGUCACCGUGGAGAUGCAGAAGUUCCUGGGCUCCUUCUUCAUCUCCUGGGACAAGGAGAUGUUUGAUGAGGAGAUCCAGGAGGGAGCACUGGUGAAUACCUCGGACCUGAACGAGGAGCUGGGGCAGGUGGAGUACGUGUUCACAGACAAAACGGGCACGCUGACCGAGAACAGCAUGGAGUUCAUCGAGUGCUGCAUCGACGGGCACAAGUACAGGGACUGCACCUCGGAGCUGGACGGCUUCUCCCAGCCCGACGGGCCCCUCAAAUACUACGGCAGAGCUGAAAAGAGCCGCGAGGAGCUGUUCCUGAGAGCCCUGUGCCUGUGCCACACGGUGCAGAUCAAGGAGGCAGACCAGCUGGACGGGCUGCUGGCACACCCAGAGCGCAGACACACCUAUAUCUCCUCCUCCCCGGACGAAAUCGCCUUGGUGAAAGGCGCAGAAAAGUAUGGUUUCACUUUUCUAGGACUUGAAAACAAUUUCAUGAAAAUACGAAACCAAAAGAAUGAAACUGAGAUGUACCAGCUUCUGCACGUGUUGAACUUCGACCCUGUGCGGCGCCGUAUGAGCGUCAUUGUGAGAGCCAGCACAGGAAAGUUGCUUCUCUUCUGUAAAGGAGCAGACUCCUCUAUUUUUCCAAGGGUGCAGCAAGAAGAAAUCCAACAAACAAAAGUCCAUGUGGACCGCAAUGCUAUGGACGGCUACAGAACGCUCUGCGUGGCCUUCAAAGAACUGACUGAGAAGGAGUAUGACAGAAUUGACAGACAGCUCAAUGAAGCCAAGAUGGCUCUGCAGGACAGGGAGGAGAAGAUGGCCAAGGUUUUUGAUGACACAGAAGCAGACAUGCACCUGAUUGGGGCUACUGCUGUAGAAGACAGGCUGCAGGAGCAGCUGGCAGAGACCAUCGAAGCCCUGCACGCCGCUGGCAUGAAGGUGUGGGUGCUGACAGGAGACAAGAUGGAAACUGCCAAAUCCACCUGCUACGCCUGCAGGCUCUUCCAGACCAGCACGGAGCUGCUGGAGCUGACGGCCAGGACGGUGGGCGAGAGCGAAAGGAAGGAGGAUCGGCUCCAUGAGCUGCUGCUGGAGUACCACAAAAAGCUGAUUCAGGACAUCCCCAAAAACCGGGGGGGCCUGAAGAGAAGCUGGACGUUGAGUCAGGAGUAUGGACUGAUCAUAGAUGGCUCCACGCUGUCGCUGAUCCUCAACCCCUCUCAGGACUCUGGCUCCAGCAACUACAAAAGCAUCUUCCUGCAGAUCUGCUUGAAGUGCACUGCCGUGCUGUGCUGCCGGAUGGCUCCUCUGCAGAAAGCACAGAUUGUGCGAAUGGUGAAGAACACAAAAGGAAGCCCGAUAACCCUCUCGAUAGGGGAUGGUGCAAAUGAUGUCAGUAUGAUUUUGGAAGCACAUGUUGGAAUAGGGAUUAAAGGCAAGGAAGGACGCCAGGCCUCCAGAAACAGCGACUAUGCUGUGCCAAAGUUCAAACAUUUAAGAAAACUGCUACUAGCACAUGGGCAUUUAUAUUAUGUGAGAAUAGCACACCUUGUACAGUAUUUCUUCUAUAAGAACCUUUGCUUCAUUUUACCACAGUUUUUAUACCAGUUCUUUUGUGGAUUCUCACAGCAGCCACUGUAUGAUGCUGCUUACCUGACCAUGUACAACAUCUGCUUCACGUCGCUGCCUAUCCUGGCUUACAGCCUGCUGGAGCAGCACAUCAGCAUCGACACGCUGACCUCGGACCCUCAGCUCUACAUGAAGGUGUCGGACAAUGCAAUGCUGCAGUGGAGGCCCUUCCUGUACUGGACCUUUCUGGGCGCCUUUGAAGGACUCGUGUUUUUCUUUGGGGUUUAUUUUCUUUUUCAAAACUCAUCGCUGGAAGACAACGGAAAGGUGUUUGGGAACUGGACCUUUGGGACCAUUGUCUUCACCGUGCUGGUAUUCACCGUCACUCUCAAGCUGGCGUUAGACACCCGCUUCUGGACGUGGAUGAACCACUUUGUGAUCUGGGGCUCCCUUGCUUUCUAUGUGUUUUUCUCAUUCUUCUGGGGAGGAGUCAUUUGGCCUUUCUUGAAGCAGCAAAGAAUGUAUUUUGUAUUUGCUCAUAUGCUGACUUCUGUUUCCACAUGGCUGGCAAUAAUUCUCCUGAUCUUUAUCAGCCUUUUCCCAGAAAUUCUUCUAAUAGUUUUAAAAAAUAUAAAAGAGAAGAAUCAUCAGAGCAGCAGGAAGGCACCUGAUUCAUUGUCGGCCAGACCUUCUGCCACACCACUCCUUUUAAGAACAUUCUCAGAUGAGUCUAAUGUGUUGUAACAGGCUGGCCCCUUUGAUCUGCCUGUGUUAGUGUCAUACAAACGUAUAGAGAAUGGUUAUGUGAAGGCUGAAGAUGCUGUUACUAAUUUGGCAGAAAGAUAUCCUCUCAGGAUACCUUAAAGUGCUCCACACAAACACUGCACGUUGCCAUGUUGUAGGAAACCCAUGGUUUACCCUGGCAGUGACCUGUGAUAGUACCAAGGACUCUGAGCAGCCAGGGCACUGGCCCCACGCUACCCUUUAGUCUUUGGUCUUGAGGCUUCCCUGCCCUCCCAGAAAAAACAAUUCUGCCAAAUCCUACAGCACUGGAGGCUGAGAAACAUCUUUAGGAGUUCACCCAAAGCAGCAUGGAUUGAAGUGCAAGAGUGCAGUGCCAGCCCCGUUUCACACGAGGCUCCUGUGCCCGCUGCAGAUCUGCCCGAGAGCAGCAGGGCUGCUCCAAGCUCUGCUCUGCCUGACCAAAGAAGUAGCACAGACUUCAACCCAGUGACAUUCCCCUCCAGCCCCUGCAGGCCCUGGGAAGAGGCUGCUCCCCUCACACAGGAGGUGGAUGCAGCCCUGGAGCCCCUCUCCUGGUGCUGGGGCCGGGCAGGAUCAGCUGAAAUUCGGGAGAAAUCUUUGCCACUCUCUCCUCCAGGUGAAGCUGGGAGCAGUCUGUGGUCUGUCCACAGCAGCGGUGGCCACGUGAAGAGCUGCAGUGCUGGGAAGUGCCAGAGCAUCCUCCCACAUCCGCUUUGCUGAUGGGUUUAUUCCUGCUGGAGAGCGAAGAAAAGGUUUUGUGGCUGUGAUGGAAGGAAGCUUUUGUGGAGGAAAAAGGAAUGCCAGAAGUUGGGCUGUGCCAGACUCUGAGCCCCAGUGCCCAGGCUCCUGUGGCUGUGCUUGCAUUACUGCACUGGGCAGUUGCUCCAACACUUCAAAGGGACAGUGCAGUCCUUGGCUGAUCCCAGGGACUGGGGCUGUGCCUGUCAACCUGCAGGUGUAUAAAACUGCAUCUUGAGUUAUUUGCACUAAGAAAAAAGAAGACAGUUUAAAAUUGAAUACAUGAACCUGAUUUCAUUUUACAUCUUGUUUUUUAAAUUGGCAUGUUCUUUUUUAAAUCUACCUGUACCAUGGUGGUAGGACUUUCCUCUUUAGGUUCUGCACAGCAAAGGUGAGAUGAGAUGCCUGACUCAAUAUUUUUUUUUUUCCUCUGAUACUUCAUGUGUGGAAAGAGCAGCUUCUCGUGUUGUGUGAAGUCAUGAGCAGUGACAGAGCAGCCUGUGUGCUCCUGCUGGUUGGUGUGACAGUCCCUCCCUGGUGCUGUGUCCCCAGAGGAGCUCCUGGGAGAAGCUUUGGGGCUGGUUUCAGGAGCAGCAAGCUCUGCACUGCCGCUGGGUGUGGUCCCGCUCGCUCAGCUGUGUGUCAUGUCUGUACAACAGGACAAUUUGGGACUGCACAGAACAACCCCCUCACCAAAUUUUGUUGAACUGCAGACUAUUAAUUUUUGGAAGAACCAAGCCUUGCUCUCUGGCUGCCAUCCCUGCUGUUCGUCUGCAGCUGGUGCGGCUCAGCUGCCGGCAAAGCCUCUCGUGCAUCGUGGGGAUGCUGGGGGGCCUGAGCUGAGUGGGAGAGGGGAGUGCACAGCCCCUGGGGCUGCUCUGCCAUCACCAGCGUGGCAGGCACGCAGGGGCAGGAGCACAGUGUGCUGUGCUGUGCUGUGCUGUGCUCUGCACUGGCCUCGGCACGGGCGGCGCAGCGAGCGCAGCUCGGCUCCUUGCUGCACACGGGGCAGAAGCUGCACUGCCAGCAUGUGUCCCAUGGGCAAAGCUUGCAUUUUCUUCUCUUUUGGUUUUUUUUUUCCGUUUUCCUAGCUCAUUUCACAGACCUAGAAUUCAACUUGCAGACCUUGUCCCGUGCUCAACUUUCCUUGCAGAAAUGUGGUGCCUACAGAUCAAGUACACGAUGAAUACAAUGAAGAUGUGCUCUAUAUGCCAAAUCUAACCAUUCUCCUUAAAUACACGGUUGCUGACUUGUGUUUACAUAACCUCUAAAAAAUGGGCACUAAAAUGCCCAAUUCCUGUGAUUCAGAACCAUUCCAAGCCCGAAUGGUCCCAAGCAUGACACCUUGCUUCUCAGUUUGUUUUGUCAUGCUCUGCUCCAAGAGUCAGUCCAUUCCCCUGGAAUUCCAUUGGUGGUGUCAGUGGGAACAGUGGAGCCUCGUGUGUGUGAACUGUUCAAAUAAUCACGGAACCAGGAUAAUUUCUGCUGCCUGUCCCAAGACAGAACCUUCUGAGAACCAAAUCUUUCUCUUGUCAUUUCCAAGUAUCCUGUCUCCAGCUGGAACAAGCCAUUGCAACAGCUGUGCAUUCAAGCCCAAGGUGUGUGUGCUGACAGGCAGGGUGGAAUUCACCUGGAAUGUUUGGAAUAGCAAGAAAAUGCAGUUUUUCUUGGGCUUGGAUCUUCAGACAGUGCACUGGUGUAGUGCUGGGUGCCAGGACAGCCAGGCUGCCCUGGUCCUGCAGGAGAGCUGAUCCUCAGCAGUGGCAGAACCGGAAUUCGGGAUGCGGGUGGCUUGUGAAAUCAGGAAACAGGAGACCCCUCCUGGGGUUGGAGAGGGGCAGAAGUGCUGGUAGGGCUGCCAGCUGUGAGGCAGCAGUGGGACAGGGAUGCUGUGCUGGCUGCUCGUGUUCCAUGGUGCUCACGGUGCUCCUCAGGUACAGCAAAAGGUCAGUACAGGCUUUUCGGUGGAGAAACUUGAAGGAAAAAAGGCUGGGGUUUUCUCAUAAUAAUUUGUUGAAGUUUUAUCACUGAUUAGUGACACUGAAAGAUAAGGAAAGUAAUUAAGAUUCCCUCUAAAACUCUUAUGUGAUAACAGUGGAGCUUGGUGUAGUCAUAGCGACUUUUCAAAAACUAAUCCUAAUCAUUAUGAGAAUAUUAUAAAUGACUUGGAAUUGCAUAAAGGCUUCAAAUUGAAUUUGUAUACACACAGUUGAAAACCUUUCCUAAUACUGCACCAUUUAUCAAAUUUCCCAGCUAUGAUUUUUUUUUUUUAAUGUAGUGUAUAGAAAAUGUAAAUUAUAUACAGGCAAUGAGCAGAUACAUUUUCAGCUUCUUGCAAAGAAAAAGGACUGCAACCUUACAUUUUUUUCACUUAAAUGCAAUUUUAUACAUUUAUGUUGCUUUAUAUAAAGGAAAUUGAAUGUGAAUGUUACCUUUUAUGAAUGCAACUUGCUCUUUUUUCAUUACAGAAACUUUUGUUUGAAGUAAUCAAUAAACUUUGGUAUGUUGUUCUGAUUAAUAUA